AUGUCCCCCAACUACAUCCGGAGCUUCUCGGAGGGAUGUCUCAGGCCGCCAACAGUAAUUGGACAAUUCCACACUCUUUUUUUUGGUUCAAUUCGAAUGUUUUUCCUUGGUGUUUUGGGCUUUGCUGUUUAUGGAAAUGAGGCCUUGCAUUUCAGCUGUGACCCAGACAAGAGAGAGGUUAAUCUUUUCUGUUACAACCAGUUCAGACCUAUAACUCCUCAGGUAUUCUGGGCACUACAGCUGGUGAUUGUUCUCGUACCUGGAGCCUUUUUUCAUCUUUAUGCUGCUUGUAAAAGCAUCAAACAGGAAGAUAUUCUCCAAAAUUCAUCCUACACCGGUUUUUAUAUCUUCUCUGUUUUCUUAAGGAUUGUCCUUGAAGUUGUGUCUUUUUGGCUUCAGAUUCAGCUCUUUGGUUUCAAAGUGAACGCAAUCUACAUGUGUGAUGUGGGAGCACUUGAAAAAACGUUUAACAUUACCCGGUGCAUGGUGCCAGAGCACUUUGAAAAGACAAUCUUUCUUAUUGCAAUGUACACAUUCACUGUGAUUACAGUGAUCUUGUGUGUUGCUGAAAUUUUUGAGAUCUCAUGUAGAAGGUUAGGUUUCUUAAAAACUCAGUGA